AUGAAUAGUUCAACAUCAUAUUCCCCACCAUCUCAAAAUUUAAUAUCACCAAAUAUAAGCCCAAAUAAUAAUACGAGCAACAGUAAUAAUAUGAUGAAUAAUAAUAUGAAUAGUAAUAUUAAUAAUAACAUAAACAAUAUAAAUAAUAAUAUAAAUAAUAAUAUAAAUAAUAAUAUAAAUAGUAAUAUUAAUAAUAACAUAAACAUAUAA